GACAUGCAAUUUGUGUGAAGAUAGUCGGAAAGAGGAGAUUAUAGAGGAUCAACUUAAGCAAGAACCUGAGAAAGAACCUGAUUUAGAAAUUGUGGAUGUGGAAGAUAAUGAAGAUACAGAUAAUGUCGAAUAUUCUGAAUUAGAAACAACAACUGAUCAAGUUGAAGAAGAGGAGGAAGAAGAAGAAGAAGAAGGGAAGGAAGAAUUUACGGAAAAGCAAAUAACUACACUUUCAACAACUAUCCCACAUUCUACAACAAAAAAUUGGAAACAAACUGCAUGUACAGAUUCAUCAACAGAUUGUGAAGACAAACAACAUUUAUGCAGUGAACGAACGUACGCACAACUGAUGCGUAAAGAAUGUCCAGAAACAUGUGGUUUAUGUUCAUUAGGUCAUCGAUUGUCCACAAAUAUGUGGAAAUGCUGGGAUAUAGCACCGAAUUGCGCCGAAUCAUUAUGCAAUCGUCGAAGUUACCGACAGCUUAUGCAAACUGUUUGCAAGAGAACUUGUUCAUUGUGUCAUUUGAAUGAUUGA